CGGCUACGAUACACUAUCUACCAAAGUGGCGUCACGCGAGUUACAUUCCAUCGGCGAUAAACAGAGCAUCGAGCACAUUUGAGAGCUCUUUAUCACACUUGCCUUAUUAUUGUUAUAAUUAUUAUUCUCCUUCUUCUUCACUUAACCAAGAGUGCAUUUCUUUUUGUGAAACACCUAGUUUUCUCGCAGACCAAACACAAAAAUAAUCAAAAGAUCACCUUUUCUUUUGGUUUUCCUUUUAUCAAUCAAUAGAGGAAAAGCUUCUCUGUACAAGUCUCGUCGCUAUGCCCACAAACGAUGGCUUCUCCGGUGAUAUCCCAUUAGGAAUGAGGUGCUUCUAAGAUGCAGAUCAGGAAAGUGAUGAGGUCUUUUCUGAGACACAGCAUAAGCACGAGAUAAACAUGUUUGAAGUCAAGGGUGUAUCCACUUGCUAUGUGUUUAAGAGCCGAUUACAAGAAUAUGCACAAAAAAAGGGACUGCCUACACCUGUGUACGAGACAAUUAAAGAAGGCCCUUCACAUGAGCCUUCCUUCAGGUCAACUGUGAUUGUCAAUGAUAUUAGAUAUGAUUCUUUGCCUGGUUUUUUCAAUCGGAAAGCUGCAGAGCAGUCGGCUGCAGAGGUUGCUCUAAUGGAGUUGGCUAAAUGUGAUGAAGUUAAUGACAGCAUUUCUCAGCCUGUUCAUGAAACAGGACUUUGCAAAAACUUGCUUCAGGAAUAUGCUCAAAAGAUGAAUUAUGCAAUUCCUCUAUACCUGUGUCAAAAGAAUGAAUCCCCAGGUCGAGGGACACUUUUCAAAUGUACUGUUGAGAUUGGGGGUAUUCAUUAUAUUGGAGCAUCAGCAAAAACAAAAAAAGAAGCAGAAAUUAAAGCUGCUAGAACUGCAUUGUUAGCUAUACAGUUGAGUGCUUCUGAAUCAUCUCAUAAUUCAAUUGGCAACUGUCAGUUAACAGUAAUUCCAUUCAGAAAGAGGGGAGCAGAAACUGCUGCUGUCCUGGAGGAGGCAAUGAAUGUUCCUAAGGCAAAGAAGGCUCGAUUUAGGAAAAAAACAUUGAAAAAGAAACACUCUGGGAAUAAAGUAGAUCAUAAUCAAGGUGAAACUAUAGGUAAUAAGAAGGAUGGGCAAGCCGGAUCAGAAUCGGAUAAGAAUGAUGCUUCUGUGGUCCAAGGAACAGGUCAUCAACUGUUACCGAUGUUAUCCACGAGUAAUUCAGAAGAUGGGAGGUUAGUUCCCGAGUCAAGCGAGAGAGAAACAACAGAUGUGACAGGUGCUUUGGUCUGCCAUAUAUCUGGUGAUUUUGGAAAUGGAUUUGCUGCAACUGUGAAUUUUGAUCAAAGCAACCACGGAGUAUGUGCCGAGACUAAUGGGGACACAGCUAAAUUUUCGGGAGCGACCCUGGUUCAGAUAGGGGCUGCAACUGUCAUGGCUGGCUUAAAUCCAGCGGGAGAGAGAAUUGAGGCAGGUGCCGGCCAAUGAUAGGAUUAGGAAUAGAUAGAGUUCCUUUUCGGGCGGCUGUAGGACGGUUUAAUUGCUUGGAGUCGGUUUUGCAGUUUGGAAAGUAGUAUGAUUCUGAGGAUUUAAGUUUGCUAGUUGAUUAGGAUGCACUGGAAUUUUGUAACAGUAUGCAUUGUUGUAUUGGUGGUGGUAUUGGUUUUGCACUGGGUAUAGAGAGAAAGAGUAUUUAGUUUUGAGUACAGAUGCCUGUAUUCUUCUUUGCUGCUACUGUUAAGGUAACUAAAGAUGUGACUAAAGAGCAGUUGAUUUUUAAGCUUUUAUUGGGAUUA